UAUGAUGCAUGUGGCCACCAUUUUGGCUCUGGGGGCUAGCAGAGGUUAGCUGUGGGUGUCGGUGCUCCGGUGGCGUUUCUUUCUUCCAGCGGGCAGAGGAGUUUCCGCCUUCGGGGACGAAGCCAGAGCUUUCUUCGUCUGGGAAAUGGACGGAGAGGAGGACGACUUGAUGUCCGGGAGCCGCUCCGAUGAUGGAGGUGGCACUCCAGUUCAGGAUGAGCACCCAGCAUCAGACGGCGAGGAGAUGAGGAGCGACGGCCGUCAGUCUGAGGAUGAGGGCAGCAAUGAUGAGGAUGCCGCCCAUGCCAUGGAGACUGGCGGCAUGGCCAGCAGCUCUGACAACGAGGACCGCCGCAGGGCCGACAGUGACUCGGAGGGCGAGGGCCCCGGGGACCACGAUGGCAAAAGUGAUUCGGAGGCGGAGGCUCCGAGGCCCGCCGACAGCGACGACGAGGACGACUCCUCUCAGGUGAAACGCAGGAUGAGCGCGUCUGAGGAGGAGGAAGAGUUGCCUGAGAAACGCAGGCCCAGUAGCUCAGACAAUGAGGCAUCAUCGCCGGUCAGACGCGGCACGCCUGACAAUGAGGAGGGGGAGGCGUCCCCGCCUGCCACGCGCAGGGGGAGCAACUCGGAUGUGGAGGACGGACACAAAGAGGCUGCAGACAGUGACUCGGACAACGAGGGCGCUAAAGCUGCGGCGUCCCCAGACCGCCGCUCCAAUGGUGACAGUGACUCUGACACAGAGGCGCCUGCCAGACGCAAGGCAGCACAGAUAGACUCCGAUGAGGAGGACAAACAGGAAGAGGGAGGAGGUGAAGGAGGAGAGAAGUGGAAGGGGGUGAUGCAGUCAGACAGCGAAGAGGAGGAGGAAGGAGGGCGGAGGAAGGCUGCAGUAGGAAGUGAUGGAGAGCAGCAGGAGGGAGAGGAGAGACAGCAGAGAGGCAACAGCGACGAGGAUGACGAGAAGCCAGUGAAGAGGAAGAAGGCCAUCCUGUCAGACAGUGAAGAUGAGGAUGAGGAUGAGGAGAAGGCACAGAAACCAGUGGUGAAGAGGAGCCGGGCGGUGUCAGACGACGAGAACUCAGACAGCGACGGUGACUUUGGGGGUCCCGAUAAAAGUCUGGCAGCGAAACUGAAAGAGCUCGGCUCAGACAGCGGGAGUGAGGACGAAGAGAGAGCGAAGGCCACGGCGGGGAACAAGGACGAGAAGGCGCUGUUCGGCAGUGACAGCGACUCUGCAGACGAUGAGGAGGAGAAAAUGAUCGCAGACAUCUUUGGGGAGUCUGGAGAUGAGGAGGAGGAGGAGUUCACUGGUUUCAACCAGGAGGACCUGGAGGGUGACGGUAAGGCGAAGCAGAAGGUGCAGGCGGAGGAGGAGGAGUCUGACUCUGAUGAAGGCAUCGACCGCAGUGGCCAAGACACCAGCUUCAUGUCGGACUUCGACAUCAUGCUCGCCCGGAGGAAAGCCAUGAACAGCAAGAAGAGGCGGCACCGUGACGGGGGCACGUUCAUCAGUGACGCCGACGACGUGGUCAACGCCAUGAUCACCAAAAUGAACGAGGCUGCCGAGGAAGAUCGAACUCUGAACAGCCAGAAGAAACCAGCGCUGAAGAAACUCAUGCUGCUGCCGCAGGUCGUCAUGCACCUGAAGAAACAGGACUUGAAGGAGACGUUUAUCGACAGUGGAGUGAUGUCGGCCAUUAAAGAGUGGAUCAGCCCUCUUCCUGACAAAUCUCUGCCCGCUCUCAGGAUAAGGGAGGAGCUGCUCAGGAUACUGCAGGAGUUGCCCAGUGUCAGUCAGGAGACUCUGAAGCACAGCGGCAUCGGCCGUGCCGUCAUGUUCCUGUACAAACAUCCCAAAGAGUCUCGAACCAACAAAGACCUCGCUCUCAAACUUAUUAACGAGUGGUCGCGGCCGAUCUUCGGUUUGACGUCAAACUAUAAGGGGAUGACGAGAGAGGAGCGGCAGCAGAGAGAUCUGGAUCAGCAGAUGCCUCAGAGACGACGACUAAGUUCUGGAGGUCAGACACCUCGCAGAGACCUGGAGAAGCAGCUGACUGGAGAGGAGAAAGCCCUGCGGCCCGGAGACCCUGGAUUCUGCGCCCGGGCUCGAGUCCCGAUGCCCUCGAACAAAGACUACGUGGUUCGACCCAAAUGGAACGUGGAGGGGGACUCCAGCAGGGGUCCGGUGAGGAAGAGCUUGUCCCGUGUGGAUAAACAGAUGCGGAGAUUUGCUGACAUCCGUCGUCUGACGAAGACGGGUCACGCUGUUAAAAUCAGCGUGGAAGGCAAUCGGAUGCCACUCUGAUUGUUUUUGGGUUUUUUUUUUUUUUUUUUCACCUAACCUCUGUAAGAUUUGUUGUUUUUUAUUUUUUAAUGUUUAGUUUCUGAACAAACAACAACAAACCCACAGCUCUGCCCUCCUCAGGUCCUGCUCUGCCUUAUAAAUAAAUGGGCUGAGGCCAGACCACACUGGCUUCAGUCACAAUCUGCUGUAAACUCGUCUGUUCUCUGAACAAAAACACGAAACACUCCAAAAUGAUCCACGGCUGCUAAUAUUAGCAGCCAGCUGGCUUAAUUAAUAAAUUAUGUUAGUUAGCUACCUUAGCUUUAACCCCAAUUCGUCUACAAGCACAAUGUUAACCAAUAUUGGAAUUCAUUUGUGUGGUGUUUUUUAAAUUAAUGUCCGCAGCAGUUUUAUCUCAAAGAUGAAAAUGUUAGCAGGUGUUAGCAUUCCCUGCGAGGUGGAACUGUUAGUUAAUGAGCAGAGUCACAUUAGCAGUCAGCUAUAUUAGCUCUACUUCAUAGCUAAAAAAAUUUGCAAUGGUGGCUUCUACCAGUUAAUGAUAGCCAUAUAUUAGCAGAGAGCUGACUUGGUGGUAAAGCUAAUGUAAGAAGAUUAUGAUGUUAUUGUCAAAGCUGACUGAAAUAGAUACCGUUAGCAGUCACCUAUAUUAGCUUUGUCUAAAAAGGGUAAAAUGUACAGCAAUGGCUUAUAUUAGCUAGCUGUAUUAGCUUCAUCUCAAAACUGUAUUGUUGGUUUGUGGUAGUGGUCUUUUGCAUUAACAUUAUCUACAAACAACUGGAUCCUCUGGAGCUGGAUGUUAUGUUGGCUUUACUGCCAAGCCUGCUAAUUAGCAUUCAUAGUUGUGACUAUAUUAAUUGGGGUAGUUGGCAUGUUAGCAGUGAGUGUCCCACAGUCACCACUUUUGCUUUCUUGCGUUCUUGCAGAAAUACGUUGGCUGUUCACACUUAAAAAGCACUCCUGUAGAGCACAGUUGUGUACAUAUUGGAAGUGAUGAUGUGCUGACCCCACAUUCAUCAUAUUAACAGUGAUGAUUUUUUUUUUUAAUGCAGGUAACUGCUGUUGAACAGAUGUUGGUGUUCUUUUACCGCAGUUAGUGAUCACGUUUCAAAGCUAAUUUAACAAAAGUACUAAUAUUAAUUAACGUUAGCAACACAUCAAAAAUGUUCUUAGCAGUCACUAGCUAACUCCAAAUAAGAUCGGCUAAUUUAGCUUAUUGCUAAGGUAGCUAAGUUCAGAUCAUUAACAUUAACAGAUAUUAACAGUGCACCAUGAGCUAAUUAGCACUCAGGUGUUUAAUAAAUCUAAUAACAUUAGCUAAUAUUAUAGCCUUUAACUUCUAUCCAGGGCAGCUAAAAUAAUGUGAGGUUAAAGUAGUUGUGUUUUUUGGUUCAGAUUAGCUGUGUGUGUGUGUGUGUGUGUGUGUGUGUGUGUGUGUGUGUGUGUGUGUGUGUGUGUGUGUGGGUGGUCUGAUUUACAGCUGCUAGCUAGUUGAUGUUAGCCAGCUUCAUCCAAAAAGUCAUACUUACGAGAUGUUUACCUCCAUUUAAAGACUAAAAAGCUCUGUAGUGUCAGCUUGUUUCAGCAGUUUUUGAAUACAGGUGAAUACUGCCACGCUUUGACAGAGUUGCAGGUUUGCAGAUGAACACAGUGGCUGACCAGAGGCUCAUUUUGGGGAGUUUCUUGUCCAGAGUACAUUCGAGUUCUCCGGUUUGGAUUUGAGGGUGAAGUCUCUUCUGACCUCUCUGUUUCUAAAUGUGAAGGUGUUUGUAUUUUGCAGAUAGUUCGGUUCAUUAUGCCCAUUUUCUGCUCUCGUAGCGGCUGUACAGAAGUCCGCAGGGAUGAGUUUACACAGGAAAUGGAUUGAUCUGGAUUAGAUCCGUGGACUGUGUGAACCACCCUGUUUGUGUGCACUGUUCUGGCUCAUGUGAUACUUUUCUUAAUAAAGACUCAACAGA